AUGUCUGCCAUUACUGAGACAUGGUACACGUUCGAACAAAUUCAACAGUUGAAAUCCUUCCUAAACCAGCAAGAAUUGACAGCUAACGAGAGGUUGAUGAUGAACGAAUAUUUGCUAAAGACCGAACAAAACUUUCAAUUUUACCGAGACAAUGCAGUCGAGUUAGGAAAAUGGUUCAACAAACAGUCGCACAGCGAUGAAGAAGAUUUUGAAAUGACGUCACUGGAACGGAGACCAAUCAGAAUGCCUGAUUUUAAGAUGUGGAACACUAUUGGCCGAAGUCGCAUUGACAAGUUUUUUGAGAGUAAGGGAAGACACGUGGAGAUGGAGUCUGCGAUGUCUGUCAAAAAAAUUAUAUUUAGCAAAUAA